AUUCAAUGCUUCUGUAGAUGCUUCUUUCUAUUUUGCUGGUGGUAUAAAAGAAGCACGCUUGUCAACUUCUUCCACUGAAACUGAGUAGAGCAACUUUUAUAGGCUAUAGAGAUGGUGAUGGAAGAGGAGAUGAGUGAAGUGGAUGCUCCACCUCGUCGUGUGAUUCUUGUAUCGGCUGGUGCUAGCCACAGUGUGGCACUUUUGAGUGGAAAUGUUGUUUGCUCAUGGGGAAGAGGUGAGGAUGGACAGUUAGGCCAUGGUGACACUGAUGAUCGACUAUUACCCACAAAACUGAGUGCACUGGAUGGUCAAGACAUAAUAUGUGUUACUUGUGGGGCUGAUCAUACUAUGGCAUGUUCUGAGUUUGGCAAGGAUGUAUAUAGUUGGGGAUGGGGUGACUUUGGAAGGUUGGGUCAUGGUGAUCACAGUGACAUGCUCAUUCCUCAUCCCAUUAAAGCAUUGCAGGGUCUGAAGAUACAACAAAUUGCUUGUGGGGACAGUCAUUGUUUGGCAGUUACUAUGGACAGACACAUGCUGAGUUGGGGGCGUAAUCAAAAUGGCCAACUUGGACUUGGCACUAUAGAGGACUCUCUUCUGCCACAAAAAAUUCAAAAAUUUGAGGGAAUACCUAUCAAAAUGGUUGCUGCUGGUGCUGAACAUAGUGUAGCAAUCACUGAAGACGGGAAUUUGUAUGGAUGGGGCUGGGGCCGAUAUGGAAACUUGGGAUUGGGUGACAGAAACGAUCGCUUGCUCCCAGAGAAAGUGACUGUUGAUGGUGACAAGAUAACCAUGGUUGCUUGUGGCUGGAGGCAUACGAUAUGUGUUUCAUCUUCUGGUGGAUUAUACACAAAUGGAUGGGGCAAAUAUGGCCAGCUAGGGCAUGGAGAUUUUGAGGAUCAUCUUGUGCCACGCAAGGUUCAAGCCUUGAGUGAUAAGUUCAUUUCGCAGGUAUCAGGUGGGUGGAGGCAUAGUAUGGUACUCACAUCUAGUGGACAACUUUUGGGCUGGGGUUGGAAUAAGUUCGGACAGAUUGGAGUAGGUAACAAUUUAGAUUAUUGCUCUCCCGUGCAAGUGAACUUUCCCCGUGAUCAGAAAGUACGUCAGAUCUCAUGCGGGUGGAGACACACCAUUGCUAUUACUGAACGUGAUAAUGUAUAUUCAUGGGGAAGAGGAGCAAAUGGACAACUUGGGAAUGGAAUAACCAUAGACCGGAAUGUUCCAACGAUUAUUGAAGCCUUCAGUGUUGAUGGAUCUUCGAGGCAGCACAUAGAAUCCUCAAAACCUUAUCCAUUAUCAGGGAAAUCUUCGUCCUCUAUAUCAGAGAGAUAUGCAAUUGUUCCGGAUGAAACUCCCUCGGGGUCACAACCUACUACUUCAGAAGAGGGAUAUAAUAAGCAUGAUACCAGUGUCCCUGAAAGUGAUGUCAAGCGCAAUAGUUGAUUAUGAGUUCAAGGGAAUGAAUGGUGUAGAGCAACAUGCACAAAGAAGGAGCUGUUGUGUGAGAGUGUUAAUUAUGAAUUAGAUUUGGUGCAUCUAUCACUUUUGUUAUGAUGAAUCGUUAUGUUGGUUGUGUAUUGGCUACUGUAUGAUCUUUUGAUAAUAUGGCAUGGAACAUUAAUUCUCCGCAUGA